AUGCCCUUCCACUUUCCACACACAACGGACCCGCCCCAGCGCAUCGUGGCGGAUGUGGUGAACGAGACGGUGGUGAAUGCGACGGGCGAGGUGGUGAUGGGCUUCACUUGGCCCGGCUUGCCGCCGAGCUUCCUGCAGGAUGUCUGCGAGGGCAUCAGCAACGUGAUUGUGAUUCUCGUCACGAUGAUCAUCGCAUACAAGUGCGCGCGGCUGCGGCUGUCACGAACGGCGGCGCACGCCUUCUACUGCACGGUGGGCAUGGUGCUGUUCGUCACCCAGGCGUUCCUCUGGGGCCAUCCGGCGCUGCACGCGGCCUUCGGCCUGGUCGGCGGCCUGAUUGGCUUUGUGGGCGUCGGCGCGCAGAUCUUGCACAUGCGUGCCAACACGCAGAGGCAUUUCGGCACCAAUCACAGCAUCUUCGGCCUGGCCACCUGCUGCCUGCUGCUGGCCACGCUCAUCACGGGCCUGUAUCUCGCCAGUCAUCCCUCGGCGCGGAUGAUCGAAAUACAUGCGCUGUUCGCCCAUCGCAUCUGCGGGCUGCUCUCCUUCGUGCUGCUGAUGACGUCGCUCAUAUUCAGCUUCAACUCGGGCUUCAUGCACUGCAACUGGGACCAUCGGACCAUCACGUGCUUCAAGGGCUGGGUACUGCUCGCCACCUUCCUGGCAUCCUCCACCCAGCUGGUGAAGGUCAUAGUCGCGCUACACAUCAUAUCGCCCUUCAAUAUUUUCGAAGACAAGUACAAAUAUACCUGA